AUGUGUGACAUGACGUCUGCGGUUUGCUCGCUUCUUUUCGACGAUGAGACCGAAGAAAGCAAGAAGCUCAUCGGAGAAGCUGCCAAGGCGAGUGUGCACGCCAUGGACAAGAUAAUUUUGGAGAAGGGGAUGUGUGGCAACAAAAAGAAACUGACUAAACGCAUGUUUUCGGCGGCGGUCAAGGCAUCCGCGAAGGUAUUGGCCAACGCACUGGAAGUGACUGCGGACGAAGAAAACUCACAGAAGGAGCUGGUGCAAGACACCAAAUCCACGGAGGACUACAGUCCGGAACUGCAGAAGAUGAUAACGGAGAUGGUCAGUUAGCACCCAAACUUUUCAGUUCAUCGCACUCCAUUUUCAGAACAAAACAGCCAUCCAGCAUAACUACGUGUAUCCGCCAAAGCCGAAGCCCGGAGACAUUCUCAUUCCGACUGGCGGGCUCGCCAAAUGCCAAUGCUCCCCGGGCUGUGCCAUGGAGUUGAUGGAGCCCGCGUACCAAGUGAUCGACGGCGAGAAGAAGUCCAGAUGGGUUCCGGAUAACGACGACGAGCUGAACACUAUUCUGAACGACGUGUUCAAAAUCAAAAACAAGGCGGCGGCUAGGGUCUACAUCAAAGAACGUUGUCUGAAAUGA